CCUUCUCUCUGCGAUCGCUGCUCUGUUCUAACCUGCUAGGAAAUCGCUAUCGCAUACAGACAAUGUCUUGCUGACUCUCGAUCGAUAUCCUGCAUACCCAUACCUAUCCUCCUUAACGCGUGUGAAUGCGGCUCCAAGGAGCCGUUUGCCCCAAGACAACUUAACAAGACCCCACUACCAAGUACCACUGCAAAUCGACGCGGAUGGCCGUUCCGUCAGCUCGCGAUCUCGAUGAAGUCCUUCCGGGCACACGACGUCUCUUCGCCGACGAGCACGCCAGCGUCGCUUCCGGUGAUGCCAGUAUCGAAAAGCACGGCGAUGUCAUCCUCGUCCCCCCUCCGACAAAGUCUCCCAAUGAUCCAUUGAACUGGAGUCUUGCGCGCAAGACCUGGCAUUCGUUUCUCGUGUGCUACAUUGUCGCUUUGACCGCCGCCACCUCCAAUGUCGCUGGCGCUGCGAGCACAGGCGUCAAUGAACAAUACGGGAUUAGUUACGAUGUUUUCAAUACGGGCGCUGGUGUGCUCUUUGUCGCAAUCGGAUACUGGACGCUUCUCAGCUCGCCUGCGACGCAUCUUUACGGACGACGAAUUCUAUACUUGGUAGGGACGGUAUGGGGUCUUAUUGGCAACAUUUGGUUCGGCCAUUUGAAGAACACCGGCGACACGAUCUGGUCCCAGCUCUUUGUCGGGGCUUCCGAGUCUGUCGCUGAGGCCGUUGUUCAAUUGUCUCUGCUGGACAUUUGGUUCGAGCACCAGAAUGGUACUUCGCUGGGUAUGUACACCCUUGCCACUACAGUCGGAACCUAUGUUGGUCCUUUGAUCGGAGGCCAUUUGGCAGAGAAUGUCGGGUGGCGCUGGAUUGGCCACAUGGGCGCAAUUGCCUCUGGCUUCACCCUCGUCCUCUUUUACUUCGGUCUUGAGGAGACAGCCUUUGAGCGCAAUCGCUACCUCAAUCUCCACCAGGCUGAGGAGCGCGACGCCAGCCGCGGCAAUGUUGAGGGUAUUCCCGCGGCUACUGGCGACCAUGUUGUCACCAAAGAUGCCGAGGAGAAGAACCUAUCGCCUCCGGUUGACGAAGAAGCUGCGAUCUCUCAAACCGCAUCUGCAGUGCGACGAGAGGAGGUCGAGCGCAACAGACUCGAGGCCUCGUUCGCGCGCAAGAAGUCUUACUGGCAGCGCAUUGCUCUUAUCACUCCAGCGUCCAACCUGCGCGGUUUGGGAUUGACGCAGUAUGUCCACCGCCUGUGGCACACGAUGCGCAUCUUUUCCUUUCCCGCAGUUUGGUUCGCUGGUCUUCAGUGGGGAAUGCAGAACAUUGCAUUGUCCUUCUACCUCACCGUCGAGGAGGAUUACUGGGUGAACGAGCCGUACAACUACAGCGACUCUGCUGUCGCCAACAUGAACAUUCCUUGUCUGAUUGGAAGUGUCAUCGGCUGUUUCUACGGCGGAUACUGCAGCGACAAGUUCAUCCUCUGGAAGGCUAAACGUAACAACGGCAUUAUGGAGGCCGAGUUUCGUCUCUACCUCAUGGCCCUCUGCGUGAUCAUCUUCCCAUUGGGUAUGUGGCUAUUCGGUAUCGGCUCAGCGCAUGGUUGGGACUGGCCUGUUCCCUACGUCGCGCUGGGCUUUAUCGGCUUCGGCUACGGUUGCGCUGGUGAUCUGAGCAUCACGUACCUAGCCGACAGCUAUCCCGACAUGGUUCUCGAGGGCAUGGUUGGUGUCGCCGUCAUCAACAACACCCUCGCCACCAUCUUCACAUUCGUGUGCAGCUACUGGAUUGACACCGGUCUACAGAACUCUUUCAUCGAGCUUGGUGUUCUUAGCUUUGUCAUUAUCAUGUCGUCGCUGCCCAUGGCUAUUUGGGGCAAGGCGUCGCGUCGCUGGACUUUGGAGCGGUAUGCCAACUUCUUGCGCAUUCGCGAUGGUAUGGACGGUUGAAAGGAGGAUAGGUAUCAUUCCUUUUCCUUGGGCAGACCGAGUGGUCUGAAUCGACAGGUUGUGUUUAUGGUCAGUGUCAAGGCUUGCUAAUAGUUCAAGCUUACUCCGGCUGUAACAGAUUUGAGUCUCAGGUGCUUCGCUGAAGUGAAGCAUCAUUAUUUGUGUUCUCCAGAUAUUGUUUUAUAUAUGCUUAAUAAGUAUUUACCCCGGCUAAUGAAUGUUUUGGUCUAUACAUCGG